UUACAGUAUAGGCAAUACUUUCAGGAAAGAAACUUCAUCCUACAUCGACAUAGAACCAUUGAAGUUCAUUUGAAGAGAUUCAUCUACACAUACUUCUCCUGCAUGUGACAUUAAUUGGUAAUUUCUUUGGCCUCAAUCGCAAUGCGAUUUUUUGAUUACAUUUCAAGCGUGACCUCGGUCACCGCGAUCUUGACCUUCGCGACAGUAUUCGGUGUGGGCAUUCCUCCACCACCUCCGUUCAACCAAGAAGAAUUCCCGGGACUCGGAAAAGUGGGUGGGACGUCAUUCGACGAUACCCAGCCCUACGACGACACGGAUCUAGGGCUAGAUGAAGAUCAUCACACAGCAGACGAAAGUCUUCCUUAUCGUCACGUGGGCGAGACGCAAGUAGAAACUCCUCCACAAAGCUCGGAUUUCCCGCCCUCAGUGCAAUUGUUCGGCGUUGACUGCUUCACGCGUUCUUCGCGACUCGAGUGCAUUUUGGGCGGCAGUCCGUAA